UUCAUGAACCAUAUUAUAUUUUUACUAAGAAUAUUUCAGUUUACCCUAAAAACUCCACAAGGAAACAUCAAACUUUCCAUUUUGUUUUACUUUUACAAAAUACAACCAAAAUGUUUGAAUCUUUCGAUUGGAAUGCGGGACUCGAUUUAAAGAAGUAUCGUGAUGUAAAGCAACGCGUUUCUAGAAAAAUCGGCGACUUAGAGCGCAAAGGAAUUCAGUGGGGUCGUCGCAUUGGCAUUGAAGACGGCAAGGAUGAUGCUUUCUUUCGGUUUAUGAGGGAGAACGCCUGAGCUCAUCUACUAAAUUCGAAUUAUGUGUAUACGGAAUACAUAAUUUCAGUUAAUUUAAGUCCAGAACAAGAAAAUACUCGUUUAAUAAACAAAAUGAAUUGCCUUUUGAA